UGCAUGUACUGGAACAAUGAAGUUCCAUCUCCACUCCCGGAGGAGAAUAAAGUCUUAUUGGACAAUGUUUUCGUUAAGCAGUCUCACUCGGAUGGGGAGUCUCACGCAGAUGUAAAAGAAGAGGCUCCUCUCCUGCCCAGUCCUCCGGUAACACCGUCUAUGUGCUCGCAUCCGAACCUGGCCUCCCCGAAGCCAGUUCGGUCCACGGGGAAAAACCAGUGUGCCAACUGCGGCACAGAGAUUCAAGACAGAUACCUACUGAAAGUGAACAAUUUAAAUUGGCACGUGGGAUGUCUGGAGUGUUCAGUCUGCAGAGUAUCAUUACGUCAGCACAAUAGCUGCUACAUCAAAAACAAAGAAAUAUUUUGCAAAUUGGAUUAUUUCAGUAAGUUUGGCACCAAGUGUGGCCAGUGCAGGCGCCAGGUGUAUGCCAGUGACUGGGUGCGGCGGGCACGGGGCAGUGUGUACCACCUGGCCUGCUUCGCCUGCUACUCCUGUAAGAGGCAGCUGUCCACGGGGGAGGAGUUUGGUCUGGUGGAGGGCAGGGUGCUCUGUCGGGCCCACUACGACACCAUGGUGGAGAACCUCCAGAGAGCAGCUGAGAACGGGACGGGUCUCACUUUGGAGGGAGCCUUCCCCUCUGAUCAGGAUGGCCAACCCAAACCAGCCAAGAGAGCACGUACUUCCUUCAGCGCUGAGCAGCUACAGGUGAUGCAGUCUCAGUUUAACCAAGACAACAACCCUGAUGCCCAGACUCUACAGAAGCUGUCAGACAUGACAGGACUGAGCAGACGGGUCAUACAAGUUUGGUUUCAAAACUGCAGAGCAAGACAUAAAAAGCACCCUCCCCCCCAGCACAAUGGUCACCUCCAGGGAGCCCCCCAUCCCCACUCCAGAAUCCCCCCCUCACUGCCAGACAACCUCUACUCCCCCUUUAGCAGUCCCGACAGACCACACCUGCUGGCUCUGCAUGGAUACCUAGACAGUCAUCCCUUCUCGAUGCUGUCCGCCCCUAACCACCUCACCCACCCAGGCAUGGCCUUACCACAGUUACCCAUCAGCCGCUAACUAACAACCCUGAGACCACCACUUCCUCCACAAAAUGUAUUUCUCACAGAACUUUCCUUCCCGCAAAGUUGAGAACAUUUCAACAUGUGCCUCUCCCAUUUUACUAUACAAGAGGACUGCUGCGGCUUCUUCCCCCUCCAUGGUCUGCAGAGUUGGAAAUAUCACAUUGUCAAUUGGACGGACAGUUUUAUAAUGGCAGCUAGACUUUAGAUCAUCUGUGGAAAAACAUCCCAGUCCAAUAUAAAUAUGAUAAUCAUCAGGACCAGAUUUGACCACCCAUCCAUUGACAGGGAAUAAAUUGGAACUCCGGGACCAGGAUUAGGAACAGGAAGACUUAUCCAACAGGAAAUCUCCUUUCAUUCAUUGUGGAUUAUGAUUUUUCAUCAUCUUAUUCAUCAACUGGUAGUACUAAAGGUAUUUCAUGUUUCAAUUUCCAUCGUUUUAAAUAAUACUUUGUUUCUGUCACUCUGUCAGCUUGUUUUCCUGUAUAUAACCCUGCUAUACAUAGACUAUUAUUUAUGUGUAAGGUGACGAUGAAGACUCUUCUGACCUUGUGUGCUGAGAGAGUGUUGAGUGUUGUUAUUUACUUGUUUCAGUUCAGUAAAAUGGAAAG